AUAUCAAAACAACAUACAGUUCGAGGGAGCUAGAGAGCUAGAGAGCAAGCUAACAUCACGAUCAAUAUGGCUGAUGGUGUUUUUGGGUACCCUGUUAGGCGCUUCUUCUGGAGCCCUCCAAUCUUCCGAGAAUUGUCCGGAUCAACGGCCCUCAUGGACUGGCUCGAAUCUCCUACUGCCCACAUCUUCAAGAUCAACGUCCCAGGUUUGAGCAAAGAUGAUAUAAAGGUGCAGAUAGAGGAUGGUAACAUUUUGCACAUAAAAGGAGAAGGUGGGAAAGAGGAGCCCCAUGCAAAAGACACUGUUUGGCAUGUAGCCGAGAGAGGCACAGGAAAAGGAGGAUUUUCUCGGGAAAUUGAAUUGCCGGAGAAUGUGAAGGUGGAUCAGAUUAAGGCUCAGGUGGAGAAUGGUGUUCUCACCGUCGUUGUCCCAAAAGAUGCAACCCAGAAGUCGUCUAGAGUUAGAAACGUCAACAUCAGUAGCAAGCUCUGAGCUCCAAGCUUCGAGCAUAAGAUGGCUUGAUAGAUUAUGUAAAAUGUAUGGGACUCCUGAGUGUAAUGAUGUAAAAUGUAUGCGACUCAUGUCUUUUUUUAA